AUGCCGCCCCAGAUCAAGAGCGACUUGAACCGCAGCGGCUGGGAGACGACUGACUUCCCGUCCGUCUGCGAAAAAUGCCUGCCCGACAACCCCUAUGUGCAGAUGCUCAAGGAGGACUAUGGCGCCGAGUGCAAGAUUUGCACGCGACCUUUUACCAUCUUCCGCUGGAAGGCCGACCGCACCGCCCGACAGAAGCGCACCAACAUUUGCCUGACAUGCGCGCGUCUCAAGAACUGCUGCCAGCACUGCAUGCUGGAUCUUUCGUUUGGUCUGCCCAUCGUCGUCCGUGAUGCGGCGCUGAAGAUGGUUGCGCCUGGCCCGCAGAGCGACAUCAACCGACAAUACUACGCGCAGGAACACGAGAAGGAGAUUGAGGAGGGCCGGGGAGCCAUGGAGGCCUACGAAAAGACCGACGAAAAGGCGCGUGAUCUCUUGAAGCGCCUCGCACAGAGCGAGCCAUACUACAAGAAGCAACGACGGUUAGAGGCCGAGGCGGGCGAGAGCAGCGGACAAAAGGCGUUGCCUGCGCCCGGUGGUAGUGGAGGUGCUGGUGCAGGUGCGAGCCGCGAGAGCAACCACAUCCCGGGACCCAUCAGGACCAGAGAUUCUCGCGGUCCUUCUGCGCGAGGAGGUAUGCGACCAGGACGGGGAGGCCGCAUGGGAGGCCCAGCCGCAGAGCCGAGCCCACAAGACUGGCUGCCACCCUCUGAUCCCAAUGUUGCUUCGCUCUUUGUCACCGGUGUCGAGGACGAUCUGCCAGAACAUGAGAUCCGCAAGCACUUUACACAAUAUGGCCAGCUCCGGUCGCUGGUUUGCUCGCACCGAGCGCACUGUGCAUACGUCAACUAUGCCAAGAGAGAGGAUGCAGAAACUGCGGCAGCAGCUCUGAAGGGCAAGGUAGUCAUCAAGGGUUGCCCGAUGCGUGUCACUUGGGGCAAGCCGAAGCAGCUGGACAGCCUGGACCAGAAUGUCAGGAUGCAAUACGCAAAGGAAGGACGUCAAGUGGCGGGAUCAUCGCGACGUGCCGCUGCCACUUCUCAAGCCGCCAUUGAGGCUGGUCCACAAAGCAACCUGGACAGCAUGGUCAUUGCGCCGCCGCCCAGUGCUGACGAUGAAGUCCAAUAUGCCAGUUUGGCAGGUAACUAA